CCAAAAAACACAGGAGUUAUCUGAAACUUAGUAUGGAUAUAAAUCAUAAAGGAGACGAGAGGGAUUGUAGGCACUGUACUGAGAACGAUUUGUGCAUACCUCUUGCACCUGCUGUUAAGAGUGUUUAAUGAUGGGAGUUCUGGUAUCGGGUUGCCGUUGGCUGUCACCAACAAGGGUUUGUAGAGAAGUGCACUUCAUCACAUCAGUCAGAGUUGAAGUACAUGUCUAAUUAAUUCUUCACGUUUUGUUGCGUUCUCUCUCUGCUGCAUGUAGCAGGCUUGCCCUCUAACGAUGAUAUAAUACUUGAUUUACGUAUUCAUUUUUACUGUGUUUACAUGUUGUAAUUUAUACCAGUGUGUUUCAAAAAGUGUUUGGGUUUUAAAGCCCCCACCAAAAAAAUGGGCCAAGGUCGUUCAAGUGAAAAUGUCUAUACAGUGCAUAUUAAAUUGUUUUAGCAGCUUUUUAUCUGCAUAUUCGAAAACCAUAAUGACUUGUGCUAUGUUGUGAUUCAAACUCUCGCUUGAUCUUUAAAAGUUUUAAUUUCAACAAAGAAAAUUCCCGUAAAAGGGGAAAGUCCGUUGAGUUCAAGAUCUAAAUUUAGCGUAAAAAUACACUGCAAAGGUGUAUAUUUAAACCUUCCUUAAAUCGAUUUAAGAAGCGAGAGGACAACAUACAAACUAGACGUUGAGAGUGCAUUGACAACUACACCGAAUACUGGACACAUGCUCAUCAAGUCUUACUCCAGGAAGUCUGUCUACGACGCCGACUACGAGCCGGAGGGAUGUUCCUGCAGGAGGGUGAAAGAUCCGGAGGACCUAAAAACCUUAAUACGAUGCGGCGUCGUUGGACCGGCAACCCACAUCAAGGUACAUCGGCCGCGGAUGCUGCACUUUCUGUGGUGGACGUUUGACUACAGUUAUAAUCACCAUUAUAUGGUGGAGUCGGCUACCACGGACAAAAUUAAGAUAAUCCAUUACGCGCCGAAGAGAAUCUCCAGCAUUCUUUUGUUUCGCGGGGUAGCUGAAAUCAGGGAAGAGAUCGUGAAGAUUGCGAGCAAUAACGACACGCUGGACUUUGUAUCGGGGGUGUUUGUGAUCUUCAAGGACAAGUACCCGCAUACGUGCCGACAGAAGUGGAACUGUGUGCGGAAGGCCCGGCGGAGGCUGGGGGAGAGGCAGUAUUCCGUGUUCCAUAACAACUGUGACUGUUAUGUGUCAUGGACUCUCAUUGGACAGUCCGUGUCGCCACAGGCGAUGGAGGCUAAAGGACUCUUGCUCCUCAUUGGACUGUUGGCGAAAUCUAUGAUAAGGUGCUACAGAACGGUCAAAUGGAUAAUUGAGGGGUUCCAUUUUAUUGUUACGUCAGUAGAGUGAUGUUAAUGACUUUUUGUACAUGUUUUUGUAUAACUUUUAAUUUAUUGUAUUCUUACGAAACGAAUUUUAUGUCAUGUUUAUUUGCACAAAUGUUAAACUUUGAAUAAAAAGUUGUUUAUUAAUAUAGCAAAAUGACAGAUUUGAAAAUAAAACACUGAUACAUAA